UAUCUAAAUAUUAUCUAGGCUUGGGGAGGAAAGGGUUUUCAACGUACCUGCUUGGGUUUGAAGAAAGCCGGGUCUUGCACUGCUUUGGGGUUAGAAAGAAGCUUGGGGUCAGUUAGCUAGGAGAGGAGGGAGGGAGCCAACUAUCUCUGUUGGGCCAAAUUAAACUGGGAACUAGGCCUGUCGAGCCCAUUAAAGAAGGUCCUUGCAGGAGUGGGGCCAGAGGACAGAGCAGGAGGGGUGCUGGGGCAACUUCUGUGGUCCAGGUUGGAGUCUGGAGGGACAUACAGGGCAUCCCUUGGUUUACCUUUGAUGCCUUAAGAGGGAGCCCUUUAGACCUUCCCGUGUUUGGCAUCUCCAAGCCUGGUGGCUAUCCUGGGGACAGUGGCAGGAGGAAGAUAAAAUUCCUGGGAUAGACUGCACCUGCAAGAGGCUGGGGGCACCCCAGUCCAAAGGUGAAGACUGGUGUCUCUGCUGAUCCUACCCCUUUUCUCCUUUCCCGGCCCAGCCCCUCCCUCAUUGAGGCCCUCAGGCCCCAGCGAUUCCAGCCAGGGGAGGGCUUGGGCUUGAGGAGGCCGGGCAGCUCUGGGCCCCAAACCGGUUUUCCCACCUCCCCUGGGGCUGGCACAUCGCCGCCGCUGUGGUUCCCUCCCCACCACUUCCUUUCAGUUCCUCUCUCCACCCUGGAAUGUUAAGCGGGGGAUGUCUAGGUCUUUUGUCCCUUGCCUGCCCUGGGUGUGGUCUCUUCUAGAAAGGCAAGGCCACUAUGUAUGACUUUAAAACAAGAAGGUAGGGUGACACUUCCACACUUGGCCUUCCACACUCCCGGCACUCAGAUUUACCCUGUAGGCCUUGAAGACAGUGAAACUAAGGGAUAGCAAAAAGGAGUUGGGAUUCUCCUUACCGUCAUCCCCCAUCUCCAUCUGAGCUGUGGAGGAGGAAACAAGAAAGUCUUAAGGAAGCUCAGCCUACCCCCGCCACCGCCCCCCGCCCCGCCUGCUCUGGAGUAAGGGGGGAGCAGUAGUCUUCUCCCUGUUCAACUCGGUCCCUCACCUCAAAUACCAACAAGGCAAAUCAUUUCCAUUUGUCUCCUCUUCUGCUGGAACUGAGGUCAUCUCGUUAAUGAUAGCACCAACUGAUGUUAAUAGGGCCCUUGCUAUGUGCCAAGUGCUGUGCUAAGCACUUUAGGUGCUCACAAUUCCCCUAUAAGGUAGGUAAAACCAUGAGAAAACAGGCACAAAGAGGUCCAGUAAUGUGCCCAAAGCCACAUUGCUAGUCUUUGGUGGAAGCAAGCUUUCUUCUCUGGCUGACCCUAGAAGUGCCUCUUUACUGCUACUCUGUGUCCCUUCACUAAGGAAGGACCCAUAUCCCUAACCCUUCUACAUGGAGUGCUCUUUUGAAAUGGAACUGGCUACUGAAAUCCAUUUCUAACCCAUGGAAGAAUAGCUCUUUGGAGGGAGAUGAGGGCUUGUAGAAGUGUCUACAGGAGCUCCCCAAGCUUUUACUCCCAUACCCCCAGUCCCCAUACAAAUGCAGAUCUGUAAAUACGCUUCCCAUUUUCCUCCCUACUACCCCAUUGGGACAAAUAGGCGAGAACCAUUCCCACUUCACAAAGGAGGAAAUAGGGUUAAGUAGUUAAAUAACCUGCCCAAGGCACUGGCCUUGAGCCCUAGUAUUCUCCCUGGGAAUCUGGGUGACAUACUAAAUGCCCUACCAGGACACUGCUGGGAAGGGCAGUAGCAGUGAGGGCCCUAAUAGCACAGAGCUCUGAGGAGGGACCUAGCAAGGUGGCACUGUCACACAGCCUAUCACACAAUCCAGGUGGGAAGCAGCUGAUGAUUAACAGUGGACGCCCAGAUAAAGCUGACAAACACUGGGAUGCUGCCUUCACUUGGGACUGAUCGCUAAAGGAUCCAGAAGGGGAAUCCCAGCCCUGGGGAGGCUGGUGCAGGGAUUCUGAGGGCCUGGUUGGCUUUGACAGGUUUCAGAGUGGGCCGGUGGCUAAUCAGGUGGCGUUGGGCGCAGAUACUGGGAAGACAAGGCCAUCUAAACGCCUUUUCAAAGCUGGGGCCUGAGAGUAAGUAGAGAGAGAAAACUACAACUCCCAGAAACCCCUGCUCCCCGCCCCGCCAAGGAUAGUUGCUAUGGUUUCAGAAAACAAUAUGGCUGCUCCCAGCUGGGAGGAGAAUCUCUGGAUGGGAGAGGCAGAGGCAGGUCUGGUCGCCCUCAGUGGCGAGAGAAGAGGCGCCUGAGGUUGGGGCUGGACGCUGCACGGCUGGAACGGCCUUGCCUUGCCGAGGGUGCCGAUGGCGGGCAGCGUGGACGAGGAGGCGCUGCACCAGCUCUACCUGUGGGUAGACAACAUCCCUCUGUCCCGACCCAAGCGAAAUCUCUCCAGGGACUUCAGUGACGGAGUCCUGGUUGCAGAAGUCAUCAAGUUUUACUUCCCCAAGAUGGUGGAGAUGCACAAUUAUGUCCCUGCCAACUCCCUCCAACAGAAGCUCAGCAAUUGGGGUCACCUAAACAGGGCUGCACCACUUCCUUCUCCUCCACGCCCCUCACUUCAUACCCCCGAGACCCAGUCCGCCAUCCCGGUGCCUAUCUCCCAGGAAGGUGCUGAACAAACUGAACUUCUCGGUACCGGAGGAUGUGAUGCGCAAGAUCGCGCAAUGCGCGCCGGGCGUGGUGGAGUUAGUGCUCAUUCCGCUGAGGCAGCGCCUGGAGGAGCGGCAGAGGCUCAGGAAGCAGCGCACCAGCUCCUUACAGGAGCUGGCUCCCCAGGAUGGCACUGGCUACGUGGAUGUGGGUUUGUCCCAGAAGGCCCGAGGGGAAGGUGCCCCAGACCCCCAGGGAGGGGGGCAGCUCAGAUCGCUGAAAAAGAGCAGGAGCUGUUGGCCUCGCAGGAGACCGUGCAGGUCCUGCAGAUGAAGGUGAGGCGCUUGGAGCACUUGCUUCAGCUCAAGAACGUGCGCAUCGACGACCUCUCCCGGCGGCUCCAGCAGGCAGAGCGUAAGCAGCGGUGAGCGGCUGCCCGGGCCGCGCGGGGACGCCCCAGUACCCGCCAGAGCCCAGACACCGCGACCGACGCACCCACCGACCUACUGACGGACGAUUGGGCGGGCAGAGCCAGCAGCUCCAAUGAGCCUCCUGGGGAGCCAGCGCACCCUCCCUUGGGAUGAGGGCGAAUAUGGGGGCAGGGGCAGUGAGGCAGGCGCCUUCAGAGCAGAGCCCCUGGACUGAGCCACCUCCUUCCACUCCACCCGGGUCAGGAAAAUGGACCGCUUUCCAGAACCCAGAAGCCACGUGCAGAGACCUCUCAUGUUCCCCAAAGCGGUGCCCAACACCAGGGACUCCGCCUUGGUGCUCCCUGCCCUGGGCCUUGGGGGGCGGUGCCCCGGCUCGGUCCACACCCCUAGAAACAGGUCCCAGCCCAGCUCUGAGGACCGCGGCAUCUCCAUCCAGCCUAGUUCUCUGUGCUCUGGGCCGUGGGGAAAGCUGCCCCAGGCAGCUGAGGGUGACCCUUGCCUUUCCUGGGAGCUCAUCUGGGACCCAACUCGAGGAUGGAGAACACAGCAGCUGGAGAAGAAGGGGUGAGGAAUAGGUUCAGCCGGGAGUGGGGAAGACAUGGGCUGUGUCUGUCCCAAUCACCCUCCCCUCCUGUGGGGGGACCUUUGAGAAUGCUUGGGAGAUAUGGGAUCACACUGCCCCCAUUAAAGAAAUUGUGCUAUCUUUCCAGCAACUGCCUUCUCUCUGUCCAGAUUUUUUGCCCCUCUUAAUGCUGCACUCCCCCACCACCCCCCUUUUGAGUGAAAGAGCCUUGUAGGCCCAGAGUGGGUCUCACCUUGUGGGCACCUGGUCCCUGGGUGGCCACUGCCUGGUAGGUUGAUGAUAUCACAGGGGUUAGAUCUUGUGCACUAGAACAGCCUGACUUUUAACUCUGGCCUUAGACUGACCCCCAAACCCACCCUCACAGAAUCCCAACACUGUCCAAACCCAACUCCAAACCUAGGCUUCACAUUCUCCCCAAGUGUAAACACACCCUCACACUCACCCUCAACCCUGUCCAUGGAGUGACCCCCAAAUCUGUCCUCUGUAUGACUCCCAACCCCGCUGACAGACUGUUCCCUAAUUCUAUGGACUGAAGCCAAGCUUGACUCUCAACCUGACCAAGACACUCUGGCCAUGAUGUGACCCUGAUAAUUUACUGACUACUAGUAACAUUCAGAGACCCCACAAUUCUAUUCCUACACAUAUAUUCAGCAUAUACCUCGGGGAAACUUAAGCUCUUGUGUUCUGUAUUCUGCCACACCUGUAUAGCAAUG